UUUUUUGGUGAGUCGCCCUUUGCCGACUCUCAGAUCCCCUUGCGUUUUACCACUUUUGCCUUGUCCGCCGCCCCUCCAAUUGGGAUAAAAAAGAAAAGAGCUGCAUCUCUCGCUGCUCCUCCUCCUCCUCCUCCGCCGUGCAGGCCGCAGCCGCUCGUGUGGUUGGUUGGUUCAUCGGCGAUCGAAGAUGGUGCGGGGGAAGACGCAGAUGAAGCGGAUAGAGAACCCCACGAGCCGCCAGGUCACCUUCUCCAAGCGCCGCAACGGCCUGCUCAAGAAGGCCUUCGAGCUCUCCGUCCUCUGCGACGCCGAGGUCGCGCUCAUCGUCUUCUCCCCGCGCGGCAAGCUCUACGAAUUCGCCAGCGCCAGUACGCAGAAAACAAUUGAACGCUAUAGGACGUAUACAAAGGAAAAUAUCGGCAACAAGACAGUACAGCAAGAUAUAGAGCAAGUAAAAGCUGACGCUGAUGGUUUGGCAAAGAAACUUGAAGCUCUUGAAACUUACAAAAGAAAACUGCUGGGUGAAAAGUUGGAUGAAUGUUCUAUUGAAGAACUGCAUAGCCUGGAGGUCAAGCUGGAGAGAAGCCUCAUUAGCAUCAGGGGAAGGAAGACAAAGCUGCUUGAGGAGCAGGUUGCCAAACUGAGAGAGAAGGAGAUGAAGCUGCGCAAGGACAAUGAAGAGUUACGCGAAAAGUGUAAGAAUCAGCCUCCCUUGUCUGCUCCUUUGACUGUCCGGGCCGAAGAUGAGAACCCGGACCGUAACAUCAACACCACCAACGACAACAUGGAUGUCGAAACUGAGCUAUUCAUAGGGCUGCCUGGCAGAAGUCGCUCCAGCGGCGGUGCUGCAGAAGAUAGCCAAGCGAUGCCCCAUUCUUAAGUAACAGGCCAGGAAUAAGCUGGAUCUCUGCGUUGAGAAAGGAGAUGAUGCUAGGCAUGCAAUGACACCAAACCAUCCUAAAAACAGACCACGCUGUAUAUUUUACUUACCCGUAUUGUCGUCCAUGGAUGCGAAAUGCUAGACGCAUAUGCACCCACCCAUUCAGCACCACCAGGCAGAAACCCUUCGAUCGGCAGACUCCACUACCCAUCUAAAUCUAAAUCGAGAGAUCUCAAGUGCAUACUUGUACUCCUGCUUGAUUGUGGCUUGGUAUUUGAUGUGAUGUUGGAGCAAACAUAUGCUGAACAUAUCUCAGUUGAGAUUCUCUGCACAAGGCCGGAACGGGAGGAAGACGAAAGGAGGAGUUUUAAA